UUUAGAUUUUUAGAUGCACUGAAUAAUAAAAGGUUUCCACCAGAUUUUAUGUUUGGAUGUGCAACUGCUGCAUUUCAAAUAGAAGGAGGAUGGAACGAAGAUGGAAAAAGUCCCAGUGUAUGGGAUACGACCACUCACAGAACACCCUCUAUAAUAGCAGAUAAUAGCACAGCAGAUGUGGCUUGUGAUUCGUAUCACAAAUACAAAGAAGAUGUCGCUCUCCUUAAAGAACUAGGCGCAACCCAUUAUCGAUUUUCAAUAUCCUGGCCAAGAAUUUUACCAAAUGGUUUUAAUACUUACAUCAAUCCCCUUGGAGUAGCUUACUACAAGAACCUUAUAGCUGAACUAAAAGCUAACAAUAUCCAACCUCUUGUAACAAUUAUUCAUGGAGAUCUGCCUCAAGUACUUGGUGAUUUAGGUGGUUAUUACAAUGCUUCCUUUCCUGAUUGGCUUAGAGAUUUUGCGAGAGUUGCUUUUGACGAAUUUGGAGACGAUGUAAAAUACUGGUUAACUAUAAAUGAACCACACGAAUCUUGCAUAUAUGACGGUGUAGUGAAGGCAUAUGACUGUGCUGCAAACUUACUUAGAGCUCAUGCUAAAGUCUGGCAUUUGUAUGAUGAAGAAUAUAGAUCUAAACAACAUGGUAAAAUUUCAAUGGUGCUUAAUUUAAAUUGGUACGAACCGGAAACAAAUAAAACUGAUGAUAUUAUUGCAGCUGAAACAAAGAUGCAAUUUUCAUGGGGAUUAUUUGGACACGCUCUAUAUCAUGGUGACUGGCCACCAAUUAUGAAAUCUCGUAUAGGUUUACGAAGCAAAUUAGAAGGUUAUUCUAAAUCACGUCUUCCUGAAUUUACACAAGAAGAAAUAAAAUACAUUAAGGGAACAAAUGAUUUUUUCGCUUUCAAUUCAUAUACGACAAGUAUAGUGAGAGCUAUUGACGAACCAGAAAUUGGAGAACCUACAUCUGAGACAGACAUCGGCGUGUAUGAAUAUCAACGCGAUGACUGGAUUCCAUCUGCUUCACCUUGGUUAAAGGUGGUUCCUUGGGGAAUGCGUAAAUUGCUAAGAUGGUUUAAACAGGAAUAUUUUAACCCCGAAUUGUUAAUAACGGAAAAUGGAUAUUCUGAUUCAACUGGUCAACUAGAUGAUCCCAUCAGAACUAAUUAUAUAAAGGAAUAUUUAAGUGCUAUAAAAGAUGCAAUGGAUUAUGAUGGUGUAAAUGUUAUUGGUUAUAAUACUUGGAGUCUAUUAGACAACUUUGAGUGGGUUUCUGGAUAUACGGUGAAAUUUGGUUUGGUAAAUGUGGAUUUCAAUGACCCCAACAGAACAAGAACAAAAAAGGAUUCAUACAACUAUUAUCAAAAAGUAUGCAAGACGCGUUGUAUUGUGGAUGAGUGUAUCGACUAAUGCUUGUUUAUUAUAUAAUAAUAUUAAACCGGUGUAUUAAUAUUUAAUAAAAUAAUAAUUAAAUC